CUUCCCUUAAUCGUGUGCCGAGCAUCGUUCAAGUCGUGCUGGCCUUCGUGUAUCGUGUACGCGUCCCGACGUUUUCCUCUUCGAAUCUUUCAGUCCGUGACAUGUCGUCGAAGGAUCGAUAGCGUUGCAUGUAUAAAAAAAGAAUAUGUUGCUACUUAUUCUCCUGAACCUGCAAAAAGCAUGAACGGCGCGCGAUCUGUGUUCGUGCAAUCGAACGUGUAGAAAGAAACGUGACGACAAAUCGUUGGGAGGUGUGCCGGAUUUCGCGGUUCUUCUUGACAGACUGUGAAGAUGAAGAGGCAGAAUGUGAGGACUUUGUCGUUGGUAGUGUGUACGUUUACUUAUUUGCUGAUUGGCGCGGCGGUUUUCGACGCGUUGGAGUCGAACACGGAGAGGAAGCGCUGGGAGUUUUUAUCGGAGGUUCGUCGAAACAUGAUCAAGAAGUACAACAUCACGCAGGAAGAUUACAUAAUGUUGGAGAUUGUUAUAAUAGAAAAUAAGCCACACAAAGCAGGCCCUCAAUGGAAAUUCGCUGGUGCCUUUUAUUUCGCGACUCUUGUGCUUGCUAUGAUAGGGUACGGACACUCAACGCCAGUCACCAUAGGAGGAAAAGCAUUCUGCAUGGCAUACGCCAUGGUAGGCAUUCCUCUCGGUCUGAUAAUGUUCCAGAGUAUCGGUGAACGUCUGAACAAGUUCGCCUCUGUAGUCAUCAAACGAGCAAAGACGUAUUUAAGAUGCCAGAAAACAGAAGCAACCGAGAUUAAUCUAAUGCUCGCGACUGGUUUACUUUCGAGCAUAAUUAUCACGACUGGAGCUGCUGUGUUCUCGCGUUACGAGGGAUGGAGCUACUUCGACAGCUUCUACUACUGUUUUGUCACACUGACUACCAUCGGUUUUGGUGAUUACGUCGCCUUACAGAAUGAUCACGCACUUUCCAAUAAACCUGGAUACGUGGCCUUAAGCUUAGUCUUUAUACUAUUCGGCCUGGCCGUCGUCGCUGCCAGCAUAAACUUACUCGUCCUCCGCUUUAUGACGAUGAACACGGGUGACGCUCGCCGCGACGAAGAGCUUCAACCAGCUUCUCAUCACGUGUUAACACUAGACGGUGAGGUGGUCGCUGUAAAUGGAAAACUAUUAGCUGGUCACGUGCCUAUAGUUCACGACACGGAUGACUGCGUGAGCGUGUGCUCGUGCACGUGUCUAGGACCACCGAAUUCUGAGCUUCUGGACCAAGGUUACCAAGGCUACAGGCCUCCUUCAAUCUCGAGCCUUCGCGUGAAACGUGCAUCCGUCUGAUGGAAGGAGUUCCGUCGUCGCAGUUUACGUCGUCGAUUAUCGAGAGCUGACAGCAGAGAACUACUUGGUAUCGACGUGUAAAAGAUCGACUCGAAAAUUAAUAUAACCAAAUGGAUUUAAAAAUCCGUGAAGGAAACAAUGACAUUGGAAAUAAUUUCAUUGGUAUAGUUCACAAUGGAGAUUUUCAAGUUGAUUCAAAUUGGACCGAUGUUCGAAAUUGUGUUCUUAUAAGAUCUACCUUAUAACGUUAUAACGUUCAAGGACUCGUUAUCGAUUUUUGAAGACGUAUUUUGAAGACAGCCAGUGGAGUUUGUUCUGUGGAGGUGACUUUAGAAUUGAACUAUUGAAUUGUACUUGGCUCAUGUUGUAACAUUACGAAUAGUCGUAAGAAGAAGGACGUUCAGAGAAUGUUUGAUCGUUUGUAGACGAUUUUGUAACGGUUUGUAACGGUUUCGUACGUUUCAUAUCGUACCACGGACCAUUUUCUCCCGGUGAAUUCCGAGAGAGUUUCAAAUUCUCUAGAAAAUUUAAGAAUUCGAAUUCGUAUUCGGUGUUUAUGCUGUGUCAUAUGUAUUGAACGAUUAUUGAAAUUAUUGAAGAUUGUAGAUUAGUCAUGAAGGUUGCAUUGGUAUUAGAAAUUGUUGCUUAGAGGAUUGCUUUGUUCCGAAGAUAAGUUGGGUUUCUUCGAAUAAAUUUUCAAAUUAAAAUUUUUUAGGAAUUUCACUACCUAUGUUGCAUGUUAAUAAAAUCUUUUACAUUUUACAAAAAUCUGUUCUCAAAGUGUACGUAUAUGAUUUACAUAAAUUAUGACAGAAGCAUUUGCCUAGAUUUUGAUAUCCUUCAAAAAUGUUUUACGGACAAAACGAUCCUCGUAAAAGAGAAAAUAAUUUGUUUGAUGAAAGUUGAAGAAGUAGAGAUCGCCGUUUUGAUCUCGGUAAUUUGUAUGUAUACUGAAUAUAUAAAACGUAAACAGAACAAUAUCCAGGCCUCGUUAGCAUGAUUGUUAAAUACAUAUAUACGACUCGAUGUUUGUACUAAUAAACGUAAAAGCUGGAAAAUGUGAAAAUUUCACAUAAAUCGUCAAUCGACGAAAAGAAAAAGUCGAUCCUAGGAAGUAGCUUAAUUUUGUAGCUACGAAAAUUGUGAUUGUACAAUUUUCGAGAAUUGUAACUUGAACUUGAAUAACAAUUUUAUCAUACUUGCGAUGCGAAAGAAACAUACAUACAUCUCAGCGUCGUAUUUUUUAAACCUAAGAUUAGAGAAUAUAUCAA